AUGUAAAAUUCAACUUUACCGCAUCUGGGAGACUCAACGUUAUUUCCUGACAUUUUUAUGCAUCUCUAAGUAUUGGAUAUUGACCAUGUUUUUAGGCAGCAUUCAAGAGCAACGACAACAACAACAAAAUUUCAAAAGACAAUAUCAAUUAUUAAAUCAUAAUCCUUAUAUACAACAACCACUGAAAUUGGUGCUGGGUGACGAGUGUAUAAAAUAGCAGAGAACGAAUUGAUUGGAAACGCUCCACAAGCAAAAAAAAAAACCAAAUCCCUUCCCCUUAGAAACUUCUAAUCCAACAAAGCUAAACAAACAAAGAACAAGAAGCCAAACAAAAACAAAGAUUUGUUCAAUUUUCGUACAACAGCAAUAACAACAACAACGGCUAAACAUUGCCAAAAGCCAUCUCAUGUUGACCAGGAAUGUGGCCAAAAACAACGUCACCAACAGCAACAUGUUGUUCGGCCGCUCCAUGCCCGUAUCAUUGCUAUUGAUGCUGCUGUUAUCAUUUUGUCAAGGAUCUUUAUUGCCUUUACAAAGCGAUUUGAAACGUCCAGAGGUGCCAGCCACAACGGCAGCCAAUGCUGCCGUAAACGGUGGUGCUGUUGCUGCCGCCACAGCUGAGAGUGCUUCGGAAGCAAGAGGUUCGAUUGAUUCAAAUCUUAAUUUGUUACCACGACCGGCCACUUUACUAUUGGACGGCAUGCCAUCAGCUGCCACCGCUCAGCUGUAUCCGGUUAAUUUAACGCGUCAACAUGAAGGAGACAUCUUUUGGACCAAUGGUGUCAGCUCGUGCAAUGUGGACAUAUGUGUGGGUCUAUCAAGUGGUACGGCCUCUUGGCUAUCGAUGGGCGUUAACAAAGUGGGUUCAUUGGCUGGUAUCGGUGGCGUUGACAGCAAAUCUCAUUUAGAAUUAUUGACACGUCAAAGGCACAAGUUAAACAUCAAGUCAUCGCCUCUGUCUCCGCCAAUCGCCACGCUGACAAACGGCCAUAGCAGCGGGGAAAGUUGCCAAUGUCGAUGUUUGCCAUAUCUAACAACGUAUCGCGAAGAUCUCGGCAUUUGUGUUGACGAUAUACACGAGUGCUCCUUGUCACCAUUUGUUAGUGGUUCAUCGUCGGAGAAAAUUCCUUAUGUCUUUCUGCCGCUCAGGGGCCAAAUUAUUUAUCCCAGCAGAGAAAUUAGUUUUGCAGAUAUUCGAACCCCCGUCUGUGCGGUGACUGGAGCCCAAUAUCUGACCACAAAUGGUUGGUCGGAUCUACGCAAUCCCAUCGAUAACGAUUACCCCUUUCGGAUGUUUCGUGAUGAGGGGCGAACAUUUUUACAGUGGCUGGGUGAAGCCGAUCUCCGGCAUAAAAUGCAAGGUCGCCUUAUUGUUGUACAUCUGGUGUGUCGUGAUAUGACUCUGCCGCUGAAUAUGUCUUCCACAAGUGAUCAUAUUAUGCCGCCGAAAAAUGUUUUUUCACCUUGUGUUGCAUUUCGUGUCAAUGGUAGUCCUGUAAAAUUUGCCAACAAUGUCUCUGAGGUGCUUUUUCAAUCGGAGGCCACCACGACAUUGGCUGCAACGUCGGAUGGCAUGUCUACAAAGGAAUAUAUUGUCAUUGGCGUUUGCAGCCUACUACUAGGUCUCAUCUAUGUCUCCUCGGUCUUUCUGUAUCUCCAUAUGAAGAAGCGCAAAGGUCGGGAACAACCACGCAUGCGUAACUCUCUCGACGAUUUGGCCAAUGAAAUCAAUUAUCCGAAAAACGAUCAGGUGACUUUUGGAGCGCCGUUUACACGCAGUGGUAGUCUGUAUUCGGUGGGUAGUAUGACCACCUCUAAUGAACCGAGAUCCAGGGCUAGUCUGAGCAGUUUGAAGGAGGAAAUGGGUAUUGUUAAAAACAAUCCUUUGCUGCAACAUUUCCCCCAGCUCAGUGAUCAUCAUUCGGGCUUUACCAGCGAUAUCUCGAAUUCCGCUUCAGAAUGUGAAAUGGAUGGUGGCUAUCAUGAUAAAAUGAAACAGAUGCAAACCAAUGUCUUGAUCCAUCCUCAAAUGGGCAUGAUGCAAAAUGGCAGCAGUGAUUCACCCAAGGGUUCUCAUCACUCCUCCAGUAAUGGAAAUGGUAAUGGCAAUGGAAGCAGCACCUCCACGAAUGAGGAUAAUUUAGAUGGUGCUUCCAGCAGCCAAGAAACGGAAUGUUUGCCCCAGGAAAAUGUGGCCAUUAUUGAGGAUAUUAUGACAGAGGAGAAAUUGGAAAAUUUACGGGCCAUGGUCAAUGGCAAUGUGCGCAAGAAAUUGUAUUUCAAUCCGGCCUAUUUUGAGCCACAUUUAUUGGCGCAACCUCCUCCAGCCGCUUUGGAAUUUUUGCAAAAAAUCCGCGAAGUCAUUGCCAUAGCCAAAUACAAAAUGGCGGCCAAGCGUUAUCAGCCCUCGUUGAUUAUGAUUCCCGAGGAGAGCACGGCACGUUCGGAUACGCCCAGCCUUUUUGGUUCACAGGUGCAAGGAGGUGAUGCCUGUCAGGCCUGUGCCAACAACCGUUGCAGUGGCCAUGUCAAGAAUUGUGGUGAUAAACGGAAUACCAUUGAAAAAUGGCUGGAAACGGUUAAUCUCAAUGAAGAAAAUCAAAAUUCAAACCCGCCAGCGAAUAAUCAACGGGAGAACGUGACACCUAGUCCGGAAAAAGAUCGUCAAUCGCCUAGGGGUUCAAAAUCUUCGUCAUCGCAAAGUGGUAAUAAGCCGGCAGCGGGAAAUACAGCGUCUGCCAGAAGAGGACACAAAGAUAUAAUGGCGCCCAAACAAAGGCCACCACCACCACCCACACAGAAAUCACAGGGAACUUCCUCAAAUAACCAGGGUAGAAGUAAAAACAAUGAAGUGGAGAAAGAGGAAAUACAGGACCACACUGCACAGGAUGAUAAUGACUCUAAUUUCCAGAAUUAUGAAAAACCUGCCCAACCCAAGAAUUCCUUGAACAUUCCCAUUUUGCAUCACAAAUUGGAAACCUAUUCCGCCAUUACGGCCUCAGCUUAUAUGUAUGGCUAUGCUGAGACGGGUGGUGAACUUUACAACAAUCCCAAAUUUACGCUGCACGAUUCACCGUCAGCUUCUCAACGCAGCCGCAGUUCGUCUCAACGUUCCAAGACAUCGCGUAAACGUUUGGAUGUCCUGGAUCAAUAUGCAGCGGCCUCAACACCCACCUCCCUGACAUCGGCGGAGCGGCAGCAUUAUCACAUGUUAAGGAAUAUGGAACAAAUGAAUGAGUCCCUGGAUGCAGAUGCCUUGAUCAAGGAAUAUACGGCCACCUUGAGGUCGAAUAGCAGUUUCCAUGUGGAUAUACCCACACCGGACUAUGACAGUACCAUGGAAAAGAAAAUCAAAGAUAUUUACAACAACACCCAAGGAAGUGUGCCCUCAGUGCCCACUCCGGACUACAGCUCCUUGAGUCGUAGAUCGCUGAAACAAUAUCAACCGGACUCCCCAAUUUACCGCAGGAAAUCUCCUCAAUACCUAAUUGUGGACUAUGAAACCGAUAGCCUGGAACGUUUGGAGUCAACGAAGCGUAAAUCUUCACAAUCCUCCUCAUCACCCUCAUCGGAUGUCAGCUCUCAGCUAAGUCCUAGCCUCAGUACUGCCCUUCCUUUGGAGGAGGAAUUGGAAAUCAGCCAUACCGUCUUCGGCCAUGAGGGUGGAACAUUUCAGAGCAAAACCCUGAACAGCAAUCAAAAGAAAAUGCUCCGAGCCAUGGAUACGAAUAGCAUGCAAAAGGAUAUUGCGGCGCGAAUAAAAUAUGAUACGCCAUUUCGUGGCAGCAUGACCAUAGAGGUGGAACAUGAACCACCCUCAGACUUGGAAAGAUCCACGGACAGCGAUCAAUAUGAACCCGAUACGCUGGAUCGUAAGCCGAAGAAACAGAGUUUCUGUGAUGUCAGUAAUUGGUCCAGUGUUUCAGAUAUUAAAAAAGAGGUUAGUUCACCUCCGCAAUCUUUGCCCGAUUUGAAUCAUCAUCAUCAACGCCCAGCACCAGGGGCAUCCGCAACAGCAUCUACUGCGAGCAUGAUGGAUCUGUCGGGGAAGAAUUCAUUUCGUCUCAAACCCCAGAACCCUAACGGCACAGACUGUUCUCUGCGUAAAAAUAGUCGAGAUUCAGCAUACGAAAGUCAGGUGGAAUUGAGGAGGGGAUGCACGCAGAACCACGAUGUGGAGGAGGCCAAACAAAAUGUCAAUAAUUUAAGGGAAAUCUAUCAGUCAUUACUGGUACGACAGAACAGUGAUUGUAGCUGUAAAUGUGGUGGCAAGGCCACCAGUUUGUAUUUGCAGGAGCAGUUGGAAGAUCUAACGGAGAGGGGGAGGAUACUUACCCUCGAGGCCAAACACUCACGACGCCAAAGACCCAGUGAGCCACCAACACCACCGCCGGUGGUGGAAAUUUCCAAUGACAGCCCCAAUAAAUGUACCAUAAAAAUACUCACCCCCAAGGCCAAACGAGAGGGGGCAGGAGGCGGAGGAGAAAAACGACCCACCGAAUAUGUGGAGCCAAGGAUACACCAAACACGAUCCAUGGACGAAAUUUCCUCAAGGAAAAGCUCUUCCUCACCCAAGCCUGCUCGAAGUCCCAGUAUUACACCCACACCACCCAGAAAGCGAAGCAUUUCCAGUUCACCACUGCCGCCGCCACCACCACCGCCAACUACCUCAGCCUCAACGACUUUAAAUAGUCGCACAAGUCGGUCCAGCUCCCAAACCAGGCAAUACAAUGUCAAUCAAUCAGCCACCGAGGAGGAUACGCUCAGCAAUCACAGUGAAUGUACCGAAGUUACGGGCAUAUCGGGGACCAUGACCAAUUCGGAGUUUGGUGGUUCCAUAAGGAAACCCAAUUUACCCUCCACAUGUAACGAAGAGGUGGAAGAAGAGGAGGAGGAAGGAGAAGAUAGUUCAUCCAAUAAUUCAAAUCCCCACGAAUCGGAGGACAACCAACCCUCCACCGAAGCCAGCCAGGCGGUGAAAAAGUUAAAGGGAGAGGAUUAUGGUGCCAUAUUUAAUACCCAAAUCAAGGGUCUGCGAAAUGACUAUAGCCUAAAUAAAUAUUUGAAUCGCCGGAAAUCUCAAGAGAAAAUUGAAAUUUCGGGAGAGAAUUCUCACAAAACCACACCCAUGGACUCACCUCAAUUGGAGACAAAUAACAAUCUAAAAAAUUCCUCCGACAUGGAUCCCAAUAAACUCGAUGUCAUCUCGCUUAGUUCUCGCUCGAAUCGCAGCAGCAGCCGCCUCUCGGAUCGUACCAAGGAAAUGUAUCGCAAUGCUGGAGUCCCAGUGGGUAUAGCCUAUCCUCAGCGCAGCACAGCCAAUACAACGGCGUCAAAUCAAACCACUACUACACCUCCCACACCCACUCAAGCCACAACAAAUGUUCAAACAGUCUAUCGGUGUGAAAUCGAACCGGUCCAGCUGACGCAUGGCAUGCAAAUCGCCAUGGGUCUCAAGGAUCGACCGAAAAAAGCCAAAGAUAUUAAAAAUGCCUGGAAGAAAUUUGUCAGCAUGGCCGCCUCGAAGUUUAGUCCCACCCAAAGUCCGGCGCCACCAUUCGAUAAGAAAACUACCUCUUCAAUACUCGAUGCCCUCGAAAGGGAUGAGGGUAUAUCUUCGUUGAUAGAGGGACAACCCAGGGUGUCCUCACCGAAAAGUACCUACUCGGCGCCGGCUAGUCAAAAUUACUAUGAACAACGCUUUGGUUCCAGGCCUUUGCAGGAAAUGGACAGUGGUUAUAUGAGUGCGGAUUCCGGAGAGGCCCUGAAGCGCAGUUUUUAUGAUCGCUACAAUUUCAAACUCAUGUCGGGAAGGGAUCACAUAAUACGUGUCGACACCAUCGAAGAUAAUUCCGAUAUUGAAAGUACCUCAACGGAUCAACAGAGGGCUGCCCAGGACAACAGUCGUUUUGAGGAUUUCGAACACAUCAAUGAACAGCAACAGGAACUGGGUAAUAGCAUUGAAUUGGGGGUAGAAGACGACGAUGAUGAUGAUGAGGACAAGGUGGGCGAUGGGCACGAUGGAGGACGACAUGAUGACAACGACAGCGAUAAUGACUCGGAUAAAACCCUGACACGUUCCAAUACCCAAGAUCAAUCAACAACACGUUCAUCAUCCUCAACCACCUAUACAUCGGAUGACGAGGAGGAUGAGGAUCAUCCUACCACCAGCUAUGGUUCAUCCGAAACGGACGGAGAAACCAAUCCCGAAGAUAUGUGGGAAUCGGGAGCGGAAAGUGUGGAGACACAUUCAGUUUUGUAUAAAAAUGUUCGUAAAUCAAUGGAGAGAUGAGAGUGAGGGAAAAGUUUGACUAGGAUGUAGGAUUAGUUUUUUUUUUUUUUUUCCAAGAGUUAAGUGCAUAGUUUAGAGGUGUGUAUAUAUGUUCUAUAGAAAACAAAAUGUUCUGCAUUGAAAAUCAUAGAAAUAGAUUCUUAAGUUUAGAGAAGGAGGUUAGUGAAUUUUAGGCUAAUGGAAAACAUAUGGGAAUGGGUUUGUAAUGAACCUCUAAACCUCUCUUAACUAAUAUCCUUCCUCCCAGAAAAGGUUUCCUACGCUCAGAAGAUUUUUACGAAAUCUUUUAUACCCAGGAAAACCGAAGACCCACAGAAGAGGUCUUCUAUGUCUAUAAGACCUUUUGGGAGUAUUCUAUGUAUAUGAGAACCUUCAUCCAUGUGUAGAAAAUCUAUAGGAGUCGUUUAGGGCACCUUCUAUAUAUAGAAAACCUUCUUUAUACAAACAAUAUUUAUGAGGUCUUCUAUGGAUAGAAGAACUUUAAGAUGUAUUCUAGAUAUUCGAAUCGUUUCUCUUUUAUGAACACAAGACUGUUAGCAGGUCUUCUAUGUAUUGGAGAACUUUAGAAGAUAUUUUAUGUGUAGAAGACAUUUACGAGGUCUCCUAUCUAAAGAAGG